AUGAAGAUUUUAGCGACUCUAGAGAUUUUAAGAGGACUUCAGGCAAACGAUUCGAUUGGACUUAAAUGGACCCAAUUGAAUUCCCGGUCAUACGAUCAAAGCCUUCUUCGUCCAGCAGGUUGUACCGGCUCUUUUCUUUCAGCGACUUAUAAAUCAUCACUGGACGGACCUGCGAGAGGAGUAACAGCUAAUUUUCCAAGAUGGACAUCUUUAGAAACGGGUGGCCCGAUAAUUGUACCGUACUUUGUUCACCAAAGCGUUGGGCAUUUCGGUGGUCUUAUCCGGAAUUCCCUUAAAUCUUUGGAGGAAGAUCUUGGAUGUUUCGCGAUCACUGAAAUAUCAAACGAAGAAAUUGGAACUAUAGCAACAAAAGCAAAAUAUAAAAAUGGAGUCGUUUUCAUAAAAAAUGUCGGAUGCUUUUCGUCUGUUGGCGUCGAUCCUGGUCAGCAUCAUAAUACAACAACUCAAGUCAACGGCGUUUAUAACAGCAUUACUGAGUUCGGUGUUCCAGAGGGUUGGCAAGUAAUUUCUCUUGAUGGUACUCUUGAUCAGCCAGAUUGUACUGGAAAGAGUCCUGGCACGGUUCAACACGAAAUGUUGCAUGCACUUGGUGUUUUCCACGAGCAUCAACGACCGGACGUUGAUCUCAUGAUUAAUUAUGACAGAACUUCGUUGCCGAAGAAUCAUUUUAAUUAUAGACCACUCAAGCAUAGUGAGUGGUUUGAUAUGUCAAGUCCGUUUGAAGUCGAAUCAGUGAUGACAUAUUGCUCUCGCUGUUUUCCCGGAGAAACCCAACCAGUUCUGAGUUUAAAAGGAACAGGCGAGGAGUUUGGCAUGGCGUACAGAGUAACGACGACAGAUGCGAUGCAAAUACAUCAUACGUACUGCAAGACUGAUCCAGAGAUUGGAAAAAUAUUCUCGCCAAAACAAACGAUAGAAUGUAAAUCGAAGGAUAAACUCGGUUUCAGUAGAAAAAUUUUUGCUGAUCGACUUUGCGACAACAUUCCUGACUGUGGCGGCUUUGAAGACGAGAUCUCUGACGACAGGGCGCUGACAAAAUGCAAGCUUCUGCAGCCAAACACUGAAAAAGGCUGCUGUGGAGCUAUUAAUUUUUUCAAUCCUCGAACUGGACCUUUGAAAUGCAUAAUCGAUGGAGGACAAUACAAUAAUCGUGAUUUUUGGAAAUGUGAUGAUGGAGGAGCCAUUGCUUAUUUGGAUGGUCGAUGGGCAAAAUUCAAUCAUUGGCCAAUCAAUGAAUACGACAACUAUGAAUCAUUUAUCAUAAGCGACGCAACUUGCCCCCCUAUCAAUGAACGCUGGAAAAAAUGGUUUCCAGUGGGCAAUCAAUGGUCUUUACGACCGAACGAGUUUUCUUUAUGCUUUUGGGACGGGACCGAUGAUCCAAACCAAUGUGAUGAAAAACCUUGCGAUGAAAAUGCUAUUUGUACAGACUUACAUGAGACUUACAAUUGCAAAUGUAAUGAGUUCUACACUGGAGACGGAAAAACCUGCACGUUCAUUCCAGAAAUCGAUGAAUGCUCAGAUGGAACUCACAAGUGUGAUGUUAACGCGAAUUGCACUGACAAUAGAUAUGACUACACUUGUCAAUGCAAAGACGGCUUUAAAGAUAAUGUUGAGGGAGAUGCUCCAGGAAGAUCAUGCGUUGCUGAGGAUACUUGCUGUGAUCUAAUUGAAGCAAAAAUGUGGAGCUCAAAGCCACCGGGAAAAUCGAUAACAUGCACUCGUCACGUGACAAAAACAAUUUACGGCCGUCCAGUUUGGGAUUGCGACGAAAACGAUUUCACAAUUCAAUUUGAACCUCAAUUCGAUAAAUUUAUCCUCUUUGAUAACGAGAAAUUUCUUACAGAUUCAUGUGUUUCAUGCAAAAAGUAUUCAACCUCUGUCACUACAACAACCGAGAAGCCGACAACAACAAAGACGACGACGACAACAAAACAAACAACAAAAACCACAACAACAAAGCCAAAAACAACUACAACAACAAAAGCAACUACAAAAACAACUACAACAAAGCCGAAAACAACAACAACGACUAAGGCGACUACAAAAACAACUACAACUCAGCCAAAAACAACUACAACAACGAAAGCAACCACGAAAACGGCAACCACACAAGAAAAAACGACAACAACCGAUGAAGUGCCAACGACAACAACAACCACAACUACAACAACAAGCGAUGAAGAAACAACUACAACAACAGCAAGAUGUACAGCUCAUGAUCGCGGACAUUGCUUUGCCGACCCUUGUGAUUGUACAGACGAUGUCAUUGACGGCAUAAUAGCUUCCGAAAAAUCUUUUAUAAGCCGAAAAGCGAUGGUCCCAUUGUAUCUUGGAAAUAAUGGUUUUGUCGUUCAAGCAACGACUAAAGGAGCCACUCGAAAGGAUCAGUCGUAUCUGCAAUGCUGGGUCAUGUCUCGAGCAGUUUGUGGUCAACCAGUGCUUGAUUAUCUCCACAGUCACGACUACGAUUUUACAGUGAUGGAAAAACGAGCAAAGGGACAGAAAGGCGCGAUCACUAAUUACGCAGCAUUUAAUGGAACCUACUAUAGGGAAAACGACCCAUCCGAAUCAAAGAAAACACGAUCUGUCACACUCGGCUUUCGCGCUGACAAAACGGUGAAAGACACUUCUGGAAAAUGGGAUAAAGAUGUGUACUACGCCGGUAUUCACUUCAAUAAACCUCUUCCAGAUACAAUUACAAUUGACGACGUUUACAAUUGCUUCGUCGGAGCUAAACCAGUGACGAUCAAGCCUGGAAAGGGAAUCGACAUGACAUGUGACUACACCAAGUGCGUCGGAGAACAAGUCAAAGUGGGUUUCUAA